AAUGGCCGCAGUGCUCAGUGGUGUAGUAAAGUCUCCCCGUCUAGUCCGCCCCGCUCCUCCUCCUGUCCCCGCUCCUCCACCCCGACACCCAUCCCAGCUAUGGUGGUCAUGGGAGCCCCCAAAGUCAUCUUCAUCCCCGGAGGACAGUCCGAGCAAGGGGAGUGCAAUCCGCUCACCUCUGUCAUGUUACCGAUACACAGCCCGGGCAGUCCGGAGUCAGCGAGCAGCGAUGUACCGCCGAGGAAGAGGCAGAGGCUGACUCAUCUCAGUCCGGAGGAGAAGGCGCUGAGGAGGAAAUUAAAAAACAGAGUUGCCGCACAAACGGCACGAGACAGAAAAAAAGCAAGAAUGAGUGAACUUGAGCAACAAGUUUUGGAUCUAGAGUUGGAGAAUGAGAAGCUCCUGAUUGAAAACAAGCUCUUACGAGAAAAAUCCCACGGUUUAAUAACCGAAAACCAAGAACUACGCCAGAGAUUGGGCUUGGAUGCCCUUGAAGUAAAAGGGGAAGAAGAGAUUGAGGUUCUGGUUCAGUCCAGAGAAGAUGAAGUCAGUCCAGUGGCCGGGUCCGCUGAGUCCGCAGCACUCAGACUACGUGCCCCUCUGCAGCAGGAGCAGGCCCAGACGUCCCUGAACUUGACAGCAUCGACAUGGAUCCUGACAGCCCUGGCUCUUCAGACAGUGAGUCUGAUAUCUUGCUUGGCCUAUUGGAAAGCCUGGACUCGGAAAUCUUACUUGGCUACCAUGGAGUGCUGCCCUGGAACCAGCAGCAAGAAGUUAGCGAUGAAGCAGAUUCCAUACCCACCGCCCCAUCUUCUCCAGUGGGGACCCCAUCAAUCAAGCUGGAAGCCAUUAAUGAACUGAUUCGAUUUGAUCAUGUCUACACAAAGCCCCUGUGCUCUGAGCAAGAUUCAGAGCUAGGAAUUGAGUCCAGUGUAGUCAUUAAAACAGAGGAAGCAUCUUUCAAUACUUCUUGUGUUGCCCCCAUCUCCGUGAAGGAAGAGUUCCAAGAAGAAGAGCCCACCCCUGUCCCUGGGAUACAGAGCCUAUUGUCCUCUUCAGAAAACAACAUGGAAAAACCAGGAAACCUGCUGGAUACAGGCAGUGACUCUGGCUAUGAGGGUUGCUCAUCCCCUCUCAGUGACAUGUCCUCUCCUUUGAACUGUGACCAGGUCUGGGAGGACUCUUUUACAAGUGAACUUUUUCCUCAGCUCCUCAAU